AAUACACACAGUCUUCUUUCACAAUCACUCUUGGAUUGAGGAAGUGUUGCCAUGAAUAACUCCAGCAUGUCAACCACGGACAAUUAUUCUGACUACUAUGGCUUAAGUACAGAUGAUGUCAAGUUCCAGGCCAGUGACAACAGCAAUGUAAGGAACUUUAGCCGAGUUUUCCUCCCUCCAGUCUACAGCAUUGUCUUCAUUUUGGGGUUCAUUGGCAAUGGCCUGGUGUUAUGUGUCCUGGUCAAGUAUCACAAACCAUUCAACAUGUCAGAUCUGUGUCUCUUCAACCUGGCCAUUUCAGACCUUCUCUUCCUUAUGUCAUUGCCUUUCUGGGCCUACUAUGCUGCCAUCGCUGAGUGGAACUUUGGGGACUUCAUGUGCCAUGCAGUGACAGCACUCUACAUGCUAGGCUUCUACGGAAGUAUCUUCUUCAUGAUCCUCAUGACGGUGGACCGCUACGCUGUCAUUGUCCACACCUAUACCUCCCUUUUCUCCAAGCAUCGGUCUGUCAGAGCCAGCAUAGCACUGGCUUUGUUUGUGUGGACACUGAGCUUGGUAGCCUCUCUGCCAGCCAUCAGUUUCUCAAAAGUGAAUACUACGAGUAUAUCAAAUGUAUCAAAAUGCAUGGUGGAAUAUUCAGAAAGGAAAAUGUGGAAGUCAUUUCAUUACAUUCAGCUGAACAUCUUUGGUUUUAUUAUUCCUCUCUCAGUGAUGCUGUUCUGUUACUCACGCAUCAUCCCCAUCUUAAUGACCAUGAAAUCUCAGAAGAAACACAAAGCUGUCAGGCUCAUGGUGGUCUUGGUCACUGUUUUCUUCCUUUUCUGGACGCCCUACAACAUUGCCAUUUUCCUGAAGUUCCUGCAAGAACUGGGCUACAUGACUAGCCCUCAGUGGGAUCAGAACCUGCAAAUGGCUAUACAGUGGGUGGAAUCCAUAGCAUUCAGUCACUGCUGCCUCAACCCCAUAAUCUACGCUUUUGUGGGGCAGAAAUUCAGGAAUUUAUUUCUAAAGCUCCUGAAACAGUGGUUUCCUCAUUGCUUUGGCCAGUGCACAAUAGUUGAAAGUGAGUCCUCAGAGAGGACGGCCUCUAUGUACUUACGUGCCUCAGAAAUUUUCAGCAGAAAGACAAAAGUGUAACCGUUAUCACUUGUUAUCCCCCAAACCUAUUUCAAUUUGUAAAAAGUCCAUCAUAUUUUGACUAUAUUCCCCUUUUUUCCAGAUUAGGCUGAUGAUUAUUUGUUAUUUUAUAUUAUUUAUACAUACUUUAUGUAAUUAGUUCAUUUUGAAGUAAUUGUGCACAUAUUGCCUGCAGCACGUAACGAGUCCCUUGUAAGAAAUUGUAGAAUAUUUCAUCAAAUUAUAUUACCAAUAAAUCCUUAUUUAUAAAUAAAACAUUCAACAAACAUUUGUUGGCAGAA